AGUCCGUGUCGAAGUCUUCACUGAUGUCCAUCUCACAUCGCAAGAGGGAGACAGUCGCCUUGGUAACGCGACUGUCACAUCAUCUGCAGAACAUUCAUCACUCUGUAAACAUCGAUGCACUUCACAUCCUAUACAGUCAGAUUUUACUUUGAUAAAAGAUUGAAAUCUGUAUUACGACCUUAAAUGUGGGUUUUUUUGUGUGAAGAUGAUUGUCGCAAGAGCCAUGCAGAUGUUUGCUCACGCGCGCGCGUGUGUGUGAACAGAACAGCGAUCAUUCUGUGAGGAAUACUGAAGAAUCUACAGUGAUAUCGAUACGUUCAUCCGUCACAUUAAACCCGAAUGAAAGUGUUUGAGGUUUCUCUCCAGCAACAAGCGGCGCCGCAGACAGACAGACAGAUAGACAGACAGACAGACAGCAGCAGCGACAGACAUCGACCCAAGAAUUACAUCUGCUGGAAAACGACACCGAGGAGAGAGAGAGAAUAUCAGAUGUUCCUGACUGACCCUGAGAUCCAUCGCCGCUGCUUUAUAUUCAUCGGUCGUGAUUCGGUGUUCGUAUCGUUGAUGGCGGGAGGGCUGAGGCGGUUCGGGUACCGGCUGUGACAGCUGCACAGGUUCGGGUGACAGCAGGGCUGAUGUUUGUGACUGAAGAUUUACAUUCACACUGGAAACGUUCGACGAUAUAAAGGCCACAUAUGGAAACUGGAGACCAGAAUUUUAGGAAAAAGGAAACCCGGUGAUUUUAUUUCAUUUUUCUUCGCUCGUUUCUUGACGAAUCUCCGCGAUGGAUUGAUUUCAUUGACGUCUUUCUGUUGAGUCAAAAUGGGUUUAACCCAUCAUGCUUUGUUUUAAACGGGAUAUGUUUUAAUCCCUCGCUUGAAUUCAUUACUCGGAUAUUCCGUUUAGAUUCAUGGAUACCGAGAACAGAACCGGAGGCACGCGCACGCGUCUGCUGUACCGGCGGCAGUGGUUUGGGAACGUGACGGAUGUUUUAUCUCUAUGAGUCUCGUUGUCUAAUGAUCAGACAGAUGACUAGUUUGAGAUGUAUAGUGAGAGUAUUACAUUAGUGAGACAGUAACGGGUUAAGAGUUCUUCAGAUCUUGAGAGAAGUGGCCUAGACAGGACUCGAUCUUCUCGUGCAGAUCAUCUUCAGAGCUUUGGGCUCUUUCACCCAUUCCGUUUCUUCUUGUUUCGGCCUCUCAGAUUUACAAAUAUUUAUUUCCUAUACAUCAAGAGGAAAGGGGGCUCCCCUUUCAUAGAAUGUGGGAACAUGGGUGCGUAUGAGCGCGGAGUCCAGAUGCUCCUGACCACUGUGGGUGCAUUCGCCGCCUUCAGCCUGAUGACCAUCGCUGUGGGCACGGACUACUGGCUCUACUCACGCGGGGUCUGCAAAAUAAAGACCACCAAUGAGAACGAGACCAGUAAGAAGAACGAGGAGGUGAUGACCCAUUCCGGCCUGUGGAGGACCUGCUGUCUUGAAGGUAAUUUUAAAGGGAUGUGUAAACACAUUGAUCAUUUUCCUGAAGGUGCGGAUUAUGAAGCUGAUGCGUCCGAGUAUUUCCUACGUGCGGUUCGAGCCUCCAGUAUAUUUCCCAUCCUCAGUGUUAUUCUGCUCUUUAUGGGAGGAUUGUGUGUCGCUGCGAGUGAGUUUUAUAAAUCUCAUCACAACAUCAUCCUGAGUUCAGGGAUCUUCUUUGUUUCUGCAGGUCUGAGUAACAUCAUCGGGAUAAUCGUGUACAUAUCAGCAAACGCGGGGGACCCGUCCAAGAGCGAUUCUAAAAAGAACAGCUACUCGUACGGUUGGAGUUUUUAUUUUGGCGCUCUGUCGUUCAUCAUGGCCGAGAUGGUGGGCGUUCUCGCCGUUCACAUGUUCAUCGACCGCCAUCGCGAGUUACGCUCGACUCGGACACGAGCGGGGACCGGCGACUAUCUCCAGGGCUCGGCCAUCGCGCGGAUCCCCAGCUAUCGCUACAGGUACCGGCGUCGCUCGCGCUCCUCCAGCAGGUCCACGGACCCGUCUCGCUCACGGGAAGCCUCGCCGGUGGGGUUGAAAGGGUUCCCGGCGUUGCCCUCAACAGAUAUUUCCAUGUAUACGCUCGGCCGCGGCGGCGAUACGCUUAAGGCCCCGCACGGAUCGCCGCCCAUGUACAACUCGGAAAGAGACCCGAACUUCCUACAGGUUCACAACUGCAUCCAGAAGGACUCGAAGGAUCCCAACCGUCGCACCACACCUGUAUGAGCGCCAACUGCUGGCGGGGAGGAGGACUGAAGCGAGUAAAAACGCUCUCUGGGAUAUUUCUAACGCUAAUGAUAACACGUUUACAUGUUGAAGCCCAAAAAAAGAAAAGUGAAAAUGCAUGAUUUUCUAAUCUUACAUCAACUAACACAUUUUUAGCCAUGUCUGCAAAGUUGACGCUGAAAAGAGAGUUGGUGUAUUUGAAGUUCUUGAUCUCUCUCUCUCUUCAUCUUAUUUUCAUUUCAUUUUGUUCCACAUCAAUACUGUGACUCUUGUGGCCGCUGUGACCCCAGGGAAGAUUAAAAACACCCACAAACUGGCCACAAUUUCAAUGUCAUCAUUAUAUAUAUGUAUUAAUGAUACAUACAUGACUAUAUAUAUAAAUAUACAUCUAUAAAAUACCAACUGUUAAUUAACACAAAUAGACUUCUUGAUUUAAAAAGAGAAAAAAAGAGCAGAAGUCAAUAAAGUGAUGAUGGAGAAACAUAAA